AUGUCAGGCUGUUGGGAACGUUAUGGGAAUAUACUGAAUGUUGACACGACUGGAGCUUCGGAAGCAACUGCGAAACCAGAAGGUCUGAGCUAUGCAGGAGUUACUGCCUCAGAGACAAUUGCAAGAAAAGAUUUGAGGAACAUGGAGAAAUACCGAGACAAGAUUACAAAAGUUGGCAACAGCAAGUGUAUUGAUCCAGCUGUGAUUGCUGGUAUUAUCUCUCGAGAGUCGCACGCUGGGACAGUGCUGAAGGACGGCUGGGGUGACCACGGAAAUGGAUUUGGUUUAAUGCAGGUUGACAAACGGUAUCAUAACACUGUCGGGUCAUGGGACAGUGAAGAGCACUUGGCACAAGGCGCAGAGAUUUUAUGUGACAUGGUAACAGCAAUGGAGAAGAAAUUCCCAACUUGGACAAAGGAACAGCAGCUCAAAGCUGCGAUCUCAGCCUAUAACGCGGGACCUAAAAACGUCCAGACCUACAACAGAAUGGAUAUUGGCACAACACACAAUGAUUACGCCAAUGACGUGGUUGCAAGAGCCAAGUUUUAUAAGAGAAAUGGAUACUGA